AGUGGUAAAAACGAAGAGCCGUUUGGGAGCCGAAAGAGCCGGCUCUUCUUUGGUGAGCUCAGCUAAAUGAUCUGGCUCACUAAAACGAGCGUGAACUCCCAUCACUAGAACUCACCGUAAGCCAGUUGACGUUAAAGCCAGUUAGCUGAGACUCUGUAGGGACUAGUUUAGUUGUUUCUUCAAUGUUAAGUUAACGAGUAACUAGCUAGUAACCUUUGUAUAUAUAAUACCAAGAGGUGUGCGGGCAUAAAGCAGGUUAAUUUAAGUUGUUUUGUUCGCAGCGUGGGUAAAUAAGAGUAGUUGUUGUUGUUGUGGCCUGCUAGCUAACUGCUAGCUAACUGCUAGCCUCAGCUGGUUCCUGGAGCUCUUCUCAACAUCACAUCCCCGAAACGAAAAGGGAAAUGGCACACCUCUCAAGCUAACUCACAAAGCCAAGUUGUCACGAUACAGGCAAAUUGUGGUAUUGGUCAGGGAUCAGGAAAUUAUUCCCCAGCUAUGAGAGCCUCCACUCACUGAUUGACAUCUCACAAACAUGGAGCUGUACUGGUACAUAGUUGUUAUUAUAUUCAUCAUUAUCAAGAUAUUCUUCUAUGUGUGCUGGUACCGAUCAAGACAGAGGCAACUGGCAGCAUACUUGAGCAACCCACGCAAUGCUCAGAUAGUCAUUGUUGGAGGAAGGGCCUACCUUCAUCAGAUGUGUGAGAGACAGAGUCAAACCUCUGUCUGGCCCAGUUGGUAUGGUGUUCAGGACGACCUGUCGAUAGAAGAGCCAUCCACAGCCCUGCCACCAGCUGCGUCCUUCUCCCACUUGGACAUGCCACCACCAUAUGAGGCAGUCUCUGGAGAGGACGAUCUGAAGCCCCCUCCCUACAGCGAGUGUGCUCGCGGCGACGAAGCCGACGCUCCUCGUCCCUCCCAUCACGCCCCGUUCAUUCCCGAGGGAGACACCAUUAGCGUAAACGAAGCCCCGCCCCCCUACACACUGUCUCCCCCUGCACAAGUCAGUCAACAAGACGUCCCCGUGAGCCACAGGUCAUCUGAUGAGUUUGGCAAUAACGGAUGACAUCAGCAAGCCUGUGUGCCUCAGUCAGGACCGCAGAACCUGCCUCCCAGCUAGGAUGAAGAUAGGACCGUUGACCUCUACGCUCAGAGGGAAUCGGCGAGAUACAGAUAAGCAGAGAAAGAGAUAAGUGUGUUCUGUUUUAUAAAGUUGUUCCCCGCUGUGUGUCCGAGGCCACUUCCUGUCACAGAUCUAAACCAAUUGACUGUUUGGAGAAGUAUUUAGUUCCUGUUAUAUUUGGGACAUUACUUUGUCUUUCUGUAUAGACAUUGUUCUCACAGUAACUUAAUAGCAGUGCAUUAUAGACAAUUCAUAAUGUAGACAGUCUAAUUAGAUUUCCACCGUGCUGCAUAGAUGUGCAUAUUAAAUAAAUUGUUCCAACUUCUGCCAACUGUUA